AUGUCGGCGGCCGAGGGGAGGAAGACGGCGUGCGUCACCGGAGGGAGCGGCUACAUCGCUUCAGCACUCAUCAAGCUGCUGCUUGAGAAAGGCUGCGCUGUAAAGACGACUGUCAGAGACCCUGAUAACGUGGAGAAGAACUCUCACCUCAAGGACUUGCGAACACUUGGCCCCUUGGAGAUCGUCCAUGCUCAGCUGGAUGAAGAAGGCAGCUUUGAUAACGCAGUUUCCGGCUGCGACUACGUCUUCCUCGUCGCAGCUCCUGUUAAACGAUGUACAUACGAUCCUGAGAGAGAUCUGAUCGAAGCUGGUGUCCAAGGAACCCUGAACGUGAUGAGGUCCUGCGUGAGAGCGGGGACGGUGAAGCGGGUGAUACUCACAUCUUCAGACGCCGCGGUGUCGAGGAGACCCCUGCACGGCGGCGGACACGUGCUGGACGAGAGCUCCUGGUCCGAUGUUGAGUAUCUCAGAGCCAACAAGCCACCAACUUGGGGAUACGCGGUGUCCAAGGUGCUUCUGGAGAAGGCGGCCAACGAAUUCGCGGAGGAGAACAACAUGAGCCUUGUCACCAUGUUGCCCGUGUACACCUUGGGUGCGUCGCCGGAUUCCAAGGCCAGAACCAGCGUCCCCAUCACCCUUUCCCUGUUAUCCGGCGACGAGGCACAGCUGGGCGUCCUGUUAGGCCUGCAGGCGGUCACAGAUGACUCCCUGGCGAUAUGCCAUGUGGACGACCUCUGUCGUGCCAAGGUGUUCGUCGCCGAGAAUGAGUCCUCGGCAGGAAGGUACAUCUGCUGCAGCAACAACACCACCAUCCUGCAACUUGCUCAUCUCCUUGCGGAGAAGUGCCCACAAUACAACUUGAAACCCGAACGCUUUGAUGGGUACCCAGAGAAGCCGAGAGUGUGUCUGUCGUCCGAGAAGCUCAUCGGGGAAGGAUUCACGUUCAAGUACAAUGACCUGAGUGAAAUCUUCGAUGACCUCGUCGAGUACGGCAGGACCACAGGGAUUCUUCCCUACUGA